CACCGUCCAGGCCGUGACACUGGACCCCCCCGUCGCUCUGGUUUGAGGGCCACCAGAAAUUCCCAGUGCAUACAUGAGAGUUGACAUCAUGGACAACACCUGUGCACUUCCCUUCCUGCCCAAAUUUGUCGAGCGGUCAAGGAAGCAGAGGGUGAGCUUUACGGCCCCCCCCACCCCGAUGGUAACACCAUGUACGGUUUACUGUGUGAGAGCCUCCACGACUUCAUCAAGGAGUCGUACGGGGACGAUGUGUGGAAGCUGGUGCGAGAGCGUGCCGACGUCAGGCUGCACUCCUUCGUCACACACCAGGUGUACAGUGAAAGCGUCAUUCCUCGUAUCGCCAAAGCGGCCAGCGGAGUGACGGGGACUCCGUACAAUGAGCUCAUGAACUCGUGGGGCGUCUAUUUCCUGGGCUUUGUAGGGAAGUAUGGCUACGACAGGAUACUGAAGGUCCUGGGGCGACACGUCCGCGACUUCGUAAAUGGACUGGACAACCUGCACGAGUACCUGCGCUUCAGCUACCCCAAAGUGCAGCCCCCCACCUUCUUCUGCCAAGAGGAGUCAGCCACGGGGGUCACCCUCCAUUACAGGAGCAAGCGGAAGGGCUACCUGCACUAUGCCAUGGGCCAGCUGCGGCAGAUGGGCAAGCAGUUCUACGACACUGACAUCCACGUGGAGGUCCUGUCCGAGCAGCUGGUGGGGGAUUACUCACACGUUACCAUGCGGCUGAACUUCGACAACUCGGCCUACCGCUACAUCCAGAAGGAGGAUGAGGAGGAGCAGGAAAUCCUCCCCAUUACCAGCGACUUCUUCUUCGAGGUCUUCCCUUUCAAUAUUGUCUUCCGACAGGACAUGGUGGUGCACAACGUUGGCUCUGGUCUUGCCACCGUCUUUCCUGACCUGGAUGGGAAAAAAAUCAAUGACGCCUUCUUGCUUGCUCGGCCCCUGGUGGAGUUUACCUGGAACAUGAUCAUUUCCCACCCCAACAACCUGUUUGAGAUCAUGUCCAAAGAGCCGGUCAAGAGAGAGCGGAACCUCCACAACCGAGCCCAGAACUCCGACUACGAGAACGCCAAUCGUUCGGCAGAUGUGGACGUGGAACUCAUGGCCUUUCAGUCUAUUAUCGGAGAUGAUUACAAAGAUGGCAACAGCGCCAAUACUAUGGAAAGCUGGGGGGAUGGGAGCCGGUGCCUGAAGCUGAAGGGACAGAUGAGAUUCAUGCCAGAGUGGGAGUCCAUCAUCUUCCUGGGGACACCAGUGAUGGAGAGUCUGAGUGCCAUGUUCAAGACAGGCCUGUACAUCAACGACCUGAGCAUGCAUGACUCCAGCAGGGACCUGGUUCUUGCUGGAACUCAGCAGUCUGAGGAGCUGAAGAGAGCUCUGAUCCAGGAGCAGAAGAAAUCCAGCAAGCUGGAGGAGAGCAUGAAGAUGUUGGACUAUGAGAUGAAAAAGACAGAUGACCUCCUCUACAGGAUGAUCCCCAAGCCAGUGGCAAAGAGGUUACGCAAGGGGGAGCCGGCCGUGAACACCUGUGAGGUGUUUCCAGAUGUGACAAUCCUAUUCAGUGAUGUGGUGGGCUUCACUCGUAUCUGCAGCCACAUAACGCCGAUGCAGGUGGUCUCAAUGCUGAACACCAUGUACACGCUCUUCGAUACGCUCAGCGAGAAGCAUCGUGUUUUCAAGGUAGAGACCAUCGGUGAUGCCUAUAUGGUGGUGGCUGGAGCACCAGAGAAGACCAAGUACCAUGCACACAACAUCUGUGACAUGGCCCUGGACAUGGUGCGGUCCAUAGAUCACUUGAAGGAUCCAUCCAAUGGAAACAACAUCCAGAUUCGAGUGGGCAUCCACUCCGGGAUGGUGGUGGCUGGGGUGGUGGGACAUAAGAUGCCACGGUACGGUCUCCAUGGAGACACGGUUCACACUGCAUCUGCAAUGGAGAGCAACGGGAAGGAGAUGCAUAUACAGUUGAGCAGUGCUACCUAUGAACACCUCAAGGGAAGUCAUUUCAUCUUUGAGAGGAGGGGCACUAUCACAAUCAAGGGGAAUGUAGAGAUUGAGACAUACUGGUUGAAGGGCAAGCGAGACAAAGAUGGUAAUGCCCAGGCUGCCUGCCCUCAGUUUGAAGCACAGACCAUCAGCAAAGCUACCAUCUCUGCUUCAGAACCACCUAUUGAUGAGGAUGUGUUGGUCUUCCCGUCAGUGGCGGGAGAGGAUGAAGACGAUGCCAAAUCCGUUCGGUCCCACCGCAUAAAGACGGAAACUUCUGGAAACUCCUUGGAGGAGUCUAUGGAGGAAUGCAGGGUGGAGGAAGCUUCCAUGAGCAAGUCCCACUACAAGGAGGCACUUCAGGACAAUGGUCUGCGAGAUCCUCACACUGGGUUAGACUCACCCGAAUUUGACAGCAGAGACUCCAUCAUGGAGUCUCCAAAUGGCUCCUGCUAUUCCCGCAACUCGGAUAAGAGCGCAAUGUGUUCUGUGUCCUAAGACGGCGUUUUGUUUCCCCCAGUUCCCUCCUCUGAAGAUUAAUUCAGUGUUCUAUCUUUAAACGUUUAAUUAAAGGGUGUUUCAGUGGCUCUCUGUGUAGCGCUGCCGAUGCACACCUCCCAGCUUGUGAAUUCCAGUCCCACCUGCCCUUUGUGUGGAGGUUGCAUGUCCUUCCUGUGUUUUACAGGCUUCAUCCUUCAUCCAUGUAGAUGCAGUUAAAUUUUUGGCAGUCUAUAGAGUCUGAUCUUUCAUGCCCUUUGAUGGACUGGCGUCCUGUCAUAGUUUUCCCCAGCCUUGUACCCUGUGCUGCUUGGGAGAGGCUUGAGGUCCACAAUAAUCUGGUAUUUGAUAUGGGGGUGAAAGACAUUUUUGCACAGCUUAAAAGAACCAAUCAAUGCCAUUUCAUUCCACAUCUCAUACCAAACCUGAGUGCUGAUCUUUCCAAUGUGUUCAAGGACGCAUAAUACAUAUUGAUUUUGUCAAAUGUUUGUUUUAUCCUCCGGUAGUUUGGUAACGCGUCACAUUUAUAUACUGUAGCAUAUCAAUAUCCAUGCCUAGAGAUCAGGAACUGAGAUGUUCUCCUGACCUACAAAUGUGCUCUGUUGUAAUACGACUGCAUCAUAUGGAUUUAGUAAUAUGAGAAUAUGAAAGAUUAACGACAUUGAGGCCCUAAUAGGUUUUUCUGCAUGGUACCUGCCUGGCAUUCCUUCAACAUGACUGGGUUGUUUGUGUAAAGGACUGUGCACCGAGGGAGGAGUUAGCAUUAGCAUUAGUAGGAUGACAGAGCUCUGAGGAAACUCCACAUCAGUAAUGGGCAAACUUGAUGUUUUUGAUGUCGAGGGUCUGUAGAGUAUGUUUGUUUUUUGAGACUUUAAUACAGUAGUCUCCACUUCUCUUGUCACAGGAGAAACAGCACGUGGGCUUGUUAACUGAGAAGAAAUUAAGAAAUUAAACUGUGUGA